AAGAGCUCGAGGACAUCCCUUUUUGAGGGAGAUUCUCGCUGCUCCUUUGCCAAACAAUUUCAAGGAGACCAACUUGGUGUAUGAUGGGUCGUCUGACCCGUCGAGGCAUGUGAGGACCUUUGAAAAUAUGGCUGUGUUGCAUGGAUAUUCUAAUUCUGUUUGUUGCAGGGCAUUUCUAUCAGCCUUGCGUGGAGGAGCACUUGAUUGGUUUCAUCAAUUACCCCCUGGGUCGAUUGCGGAUUUUGAGGACUUUACCAGCAAGCUUAUCAAUCAAUAUUCGAGCGCGGUGGUGCAGGAUAAGACGUAUUUGACUCUGAUGGCGAUGAGGCAGGGGGAGAAGGAGUCAUUGAAGAAGUAUGUUGCUCGAUACAAUCAGACGUGUUUAGAGGUGCACUCGGCUUCGGAUGAGGUGAAGGCGGGAGGAUUGAUAAGGAGUCUUCGAGUAGGGCCUUGUCGAACUUCCCUGGCGAAGACCCCUGCUCGAUCAUAUGAGGAUGUUCUAAAGAGGUGCAGGAAGUACAUUAAUUUGGAGGAGAUGGAGAUGGAGUUUGCAAAGCUGGAAGGGGUGGCUCGACCAGAGCCAAAGAAGGAGAAAAGCCCGCAAAGGGGAAGAUUUCCGAGGAGAAAUUCCCCCAAAAGGAGGCCAACAGAUGGUGACUCGAAUAGGGCCAGGAAAGAGCAUACUCGAGCUGUGAAGAGGAAGAGAGAGGAGGUGGGGAUUACGGCUCGCAUGCUGGUGAUUAGAUUUAAGGCGGAGGAUGCUGAAGGAGUGGUCUUACCGCACAACGAUGCUUUGGUAAUAACCGUGGAGGUUGCAGGCUUUGACGUGAAGAGGGUGUUCAUCGAUAUGGGGAGUUCGCUAGACGUGAUGUUCUAUGAUUGUUUUGUGCAAAUCCAUAAGAAGUUGAAUAUGGAGUUGAAAUCGGUGACCACGACACUUUAUGGUUUUAAUGGAGGAGAGGUGAUGCCGAUGGACGAGAUAAGUUUGCCAGUCACAUUGGGAGCAAGAGAGCUGAGGAAGGUACGCAUGGUGAGGUUUAUGGUCGUAGGAGCUGAAUCAUCGUACAACAUCAUUAUGGGGCGGACGAGCUUGAAUGCAUUCCAGGCGGUC